AUGGCGAGCUCUUCAUUCGAGCUGCUGGACUCGGACGCUCAGCAGCUGGUCGAUACGCUCUGGCCGCCCUCCAUAACGACGCCGCGGGAGUUGUUCAACGGCGACCAAAGAAGCCAGCUGAAUCAUGACGCUUAUUGGGACUACUACCAACGACAAUGGCACAUCUUUGGUCUUCAUGCCGACAAGCAGCACGCUGCAGUGUGGUCCCCAGCAGCGGUCGCUCAGCUCGCCCGAGACAUCCAAGCAGGCAAGACCUGGGAAGAGCUGAUGGCCGGUUUUCAAGGGACCAAUGCUGCCAAGGACGCAUCUGAGCGCUCGCUCAACCUGGCUGCGCGGCUGCUGGCCAUGGUAAAAGUCGGCGUCGGCAACCGCCAGUUUCCAUCGCGCAAAUGUCUACGGUGGGAGAAAGGGUCUCUACGAGACUUCGUGCAUGACCUUUUCCGCGAACCGCCACGGCUCAGUUGCGAGAAAGUCAGACUUCCAAGGUCCUUUGAUGCCUGGGCCAUCACCAACGUGGCCGGCAUUGAGAUUGCCUUCACCGACAACCUGGCCGACCACCUCUUACUUACCGAGGAUGACAGCAAGCUGCAUGUCUUUCACCACGCAUUCUUUCUGGAAUGCCAUCGAGGCCAAAACUCCAUUUUCCCAGACGGCCUGGUGGAAGAGACGCUGCGGACCCAAGCGCUCCUGUUCCCGCAAUCCCGGUUCAGCAACCAGAGCAGGGGCAACCGCAUGAAGCGGAAGUGGAUGCAAAACAUGCGAGCGAAGUACCAGGCCAAACAGAUUGUCAUCGAUGCGCGCCUGGGGAAGUGCGGCACGCCCCAGCAAGAAGACCGGCAGAUCGAACACUUCCACUUCUGGCGCGACCGGCUCGUCAUCCUCAAGCAGGCAUACGACGACUCCACGCCGAAGACGCUUGGGCAGUGGUGGCGCGACCGGCGCAACGGCGUUCAGUGGUAUACCUUCUGGGUUGCCAUCCUCGUCUUGAUCACCACCACGUUCUUCAGUAUUGUGCAGGUUAUUGAGGGAGCACUACAGGUCUACAAGGCCUAUGUGCCGUCGGACUGA